GCUCGCGCGGUGGUCUUUCGGCUCGCGCUUCGUCAGUCUCGGUUGGACGUUGUUUGCGUGAGGAGGUUUGUUUGUGAGAUCGAUCGCUCGGGACACUCCUCCGGUGGGUUCGCUCGAUUGAACGGUUUUCCGCUCUAAAGUGUAUCAACCGGUGCAAAGGCGCGCGUUCGUUUGUUGAUAAGCACCUGCGGCGGUCUGGCGAUCUGAUCUGAUAUUGUGUGUUCGGUGUUAAGGUGUGAACGUUUUCCGCGUAGAUUCGGCGCGGAAGUAUCAGUGCACGAUAUUCUGAUGGUGUGUUUACGGGGUUUGGUUUGUUUACAUUCGCGCAGCUAACGCCUGAUGCGGUGCGUUUUAAGCGCUUGGUGGUGAAGCAAAACAACAAACAAAUCCGAGCUCGAAGAUGCGUUUGAUGUUAUCACACGGGAGAAGGAUUUAUCCCAAUUGAAUGAAGCUGCGUCUCUGUGUGUAUGUGAUUAGUGAUUAGUGUUUAUCAAUGAUGAUAUAUUAUUGAAUCUGGUUAAAGAAACCUGUGUGUUUUUGAAGAGUGUGAUUGUGGGGAAGCAUUCCCAAACACCAAGGUCAUCAAAUUUGGAUUAACUUGUGUGAAAUCUCCAAGGACCUCGGCUGGAAGUACCACUCUGGCUGCCACAAUCGCCCCGCUCCUCGCUGCUGCACGCCAAAAUGCUACUGUCCCUGUGGAGGACGGGCAGCACGAAGCAGCUUCUAUGAGGUGUCUUAGGAAGAAGAUGAGCCAGGUCUUCUCGCUGACCCAUCGAUAUAAAAGGACUCUGCAGGCAAUGGCGGUCGGUACCUUCGUGAUUUACAUGACACUGGUUCUGUACCAGAAUGUCUACGGCUACAGCAGUGGUGGCAACAGUGUUCAGGAACUUCAGUACAACUCGGUGGAUUCCCAAACAGCUCAAGAUGUGAUAAGCAAGCGAGAUAGCAGUGCAAACAGUGCAAACGGAAACAAAAAUAACGUGAUCGAUAGUGCUAGCCCUAGUGUAGUAGGUCAGAGUGCGGUCCGUAGCAGGGCAGGUCUUCCCCAUAUCUCCUCAUAUCCCACGCGUUUCGACAAGAGCUACUACGAUUACCAGAUGGGGCAGCUCUCGGUGACGGGAACACCGAAGCCUCCCACAACCGAGCUCGAUGAUCUGCUGAUCAGCGUCAAGACGACCAAGGGCUACCACGACACCCGGCUGGAAAUGAUCAUCAAAACGUGGUACCAGCUGGCCAAAGAACAGACGUGGUUUUUUACCGACACCGACGAUCAGCACUAUCAAAAGAUGACGAAUGGACACAUGGUCAACACGAACUGCUCGCAGGGACACUUCCGUAAGGCGCUCUGCUGCAAGAUGGGACGGGAGUUCGAGUUUUUUCUCGAUAGUGCAAAAAAAUGGUGGUGUCACUUCGACGACGACAACUACGUGAAUGUGCCCCGGCUGGUGCGGCUUCUGGACGAGUACAGUCCCACACAGGACUGGUACCUCGGGAAACCGAGCAUUUCUUCACCGCUGGAGAUCUUCCUAGAUAAUACCAAAUCGUCAACGGAGGUGAACAAGAAGGUUACCUUCUGGUUCGCAACCGGUGGUGCCGGGUUCUGCAUAAGUAGGGCGCUCGCACUGAAGAUGCUGCCGAUCGCCGGUAGCGGCAAGUUCGUGGCCAUAGGCGAUAAGAUUCGCUUCCCCGAUGACGUCACCAUGGGUUUCAUCAUCGAACACAUCCUUAACGUUCCUCUCACCGUGGUGGAUGCGUUUCACUCCCACCUGGAGCCAAUGGAAUUCAUCCGACCGGAAACCUUCCACGAUCAGGUAUCCUUCAGUUACGCACGCAUGAAGAACGAGUGGAACGUUGUGAAGGUGGACGGCUUCGAUCUGAAGACGGAUCCGAAGCGGAUCUAUUCUCUGCACUGCCAUCUCUAUCCGUUCUUCAGCAUAUGUCCGAAAACGAUCAAGCGAAGAUGAUGAUGAGCCCCAUCCCAUAUAGCUAAGUAGCGCAUAACCAAAAGUCGUUUGUGAGAAGCACCAGCCCACGAUAUAGAGUGACAAAAUGGGAGCAACAAUUUGUUCGUUUUUCGCGUUGUGUCAGGCGAAAAAAGAAAACUACAAUGUGUCUGUGAUUGAAUCUUUAAGUUUGUAGAGUAGCGUGUGUAAUGGAGAAAUUUUAUAACAAUUGAAGCACGCAAAGCAAAGGGGAUAUGAACCUGCGUAGAAUCAUCUAGUCCUUACUUAAAACAAGUAUAAAUGAAGGGAAAAGUGCAGCUUAAAUGGAAUGACAAUUAUUGAGAUAGGUGCAAACAGAGGAAUCCAUCUUGGAUAGCUUGAAAAUUGAGUUCUUCCUUUAUCGAGUAGUAACUAAACUGUGGAAAGCUAGAUGUUGUAAAUAUGUUUUAAGACGUAAAUCUACUCCCGAAACGAUGUGCUCUAAUAAAUGUGUAAUGAAUGGUAGCUAUCGUAGAAAUAAUCUUGUGAAUAGGAAAAAAAAAAGCCACGAUGUAAAAAACUGUAACUGUAGCAAUAUUGUUUCUCCUUGUGUAUAAUAAAUAUUGACUGUUGUUUAAAUAAAUCAGAAUAAUGUGAUACAAAA